AUGUCGCCUAGGGGACCUCCACCUGCGCCCCUACACCACUCCGCGAAUGAGACGACCCUUUCCAACGGGGCCACGGUAUAUGGCAGGCGUAAAGUAGACGCAGUGCGGCCCAUCGCCGAGAUCGUGGGCAAGCAUAAGACCGGGGGUGAGCACUUCGGCGUCUUCAAUGUCCCCGGGGGUCACUGGACGCAGAUUCCGCUCGCGGACGAUUGGGGAGGGCGCAUGCCUCGCGCGAAAAUCUACUUACUCAGUCCGAAGAAUCGGGAGGUUUUGGGCACUACGUUUGAUCAGCUACUUCGGAAAGAAAAGCUAAGUCCCGCCACUAACCACACGCCGGUGGCACACCCUGUCUCCGUCGUCUGA